ACACAAAAGAAAAACUCUACUGCUGAACUUGGUGCGUCUGCUAGUUUUGAAGGUGGCCAUCAACUCAAUUGAGUUUCAGUUGUUUCCUAAGGUUAAAGCACUGGGCAUCACUGGGUUUGAAGCUUUUAAAGGUUCAUCCUUAAUUGGAAUUAUAAAAUGGUAGGAAAGAACGGUGAUGAGCAUAAUAAAGGCAAAGAGCCAAAAACAACAAAAGACCAGUCAAAGACGGUGAUUGGUCGUAAGAGCAGUUAUUUUAAUUAUAUGAAAAUAAAGGGCGAUGAAAUGAAGCAACAAAAAAUAGUGGAGAAGGUGAAUACUAAGACCAAGAAGGAAAUCGUUGAUAUGUGGCAACAGUUGGAUGCUACUCAUAAAGCAGAGUAUGAACCUAAAAAACCUUCAAUGAAUGCCUCGAACAAGAGUUGUUUGAAGAUAGCCACACGAUGCAAUCCGAAGGAUGUAAAUGACACUAUAAAUAUUUUAAGUGAUGAGAAAAAAGCAGCAAUUCAAGAAAUGGGAUUUGUUUCAUUGUUGGAAAUGAAGUGCGGAAAACUAUCUUAUUCAAUGUGUCGUUUUUUGGUUGAUAAACUCAAUCCUUCUGAAUCAUCAAUCGUGCUACAUGGGAAAACACUUAAGAUAUCUGUGAAUGACUUCGUGCGCAUAAUGGGUGUUAAGGAUGGAGGAGAGGAAGUUGACUUCACCGGAUCCAUGGAUGAGCAACAAAUUGUAAAGGUGCGGAAUUCUUUUUUGGUUGGGAAAAAGCUUUUAAAGAAUAAUGAGUUGAAGCAGAUAAUUGUGAGGAGAGAAGAAGCAGGUGACUUUUUCAAAGUUGGGUUUGUCAUGUUUGCUCUAUGCACGUUGCUAUGUCCAACCACUUCCGUGUAUGUGAAUCUAAAAUAUCUACUUCCGUUAAAAGAUAGCAAGGCAAUAUCAAGGAAAAACUGGGCAAGGUAUUCAUUCAAAUUUUUAUUGGAUAGUGUCAAGUCAUUUAAGGAGAACAAUCAAGUUUACAUCGGUGGUUGCUUGUUAUUCCUUCAAUUGUUUUACCUUGAUGCUAUAUCUCAUGGUAGCCUACUUGUGGAUACGUCUGUGUUACCACUCGCUGUGUGGGGGAAAGUAGAGACCAAAAAAAUGAAGAAGUGGCUAAAGAAAAGAGGGGGCUUUGAAAGUAACAAGGUAGUUGUUAUCAAAGCUGAAUAUGGAGGUCUCGGAGAUUAUGCGAAAACAAUGACUCACUUUGCCGAAGAGUUAAGUUCAGUAAAAAAGAAUGUGGCAAUUUUGGUGGCCACUAUUACUCAUAUGGACGAAUCACUCUCCAAGGUUAUUUGUGAGUUAGAAUCAAAAAAUGAGGAGAAAGAUAGAACAUUGCGCACUCCACACCCUCAUCAAUAUGAAUUCAAGUUAAACUGAAUGAGGAACUUGAUAACAUGUUUGAUAUGAGGUGUGAUUGGGGACAACUAGACCCUGGAAAUACUAAACCUCUAAAAAGUAAGCAAGACAAACAAGGCGAAACUCCCAACGAGCAAGGUGACAAUGUCAAAGGAUUUGCAAAUCUUGAUGAAACUUUGGCUCCCACCGUUCAAGUCAUCCGUGAGAGAAAACAUGCAAAAAAACUUCAUAAUGAGGUAUGAUAAGUAGUGGUUGUAGCUUGUUUGUAUGUAUUUUAAUAAUUUCACUUGUCGGUUUACAUGUUUGGAUGAUGACAAUCAUCGAGUAUUUAAUUUGCAGAAAUCAUGGUACUAUGGAUUACAU